AUGAAGUUGAAGGAGGAUAUGAACCCCCUGCUGCUGCAGGUUUUCCGCUCCGUGGUCUGGGUCUACUCUGUCAUCACCUUCAUUCCCUGGUACUUCUUCUCUGGGUCGGGCUCUAAUUUGGAGCAGUCCCGCCGAAUGAAGGCCCAUUCCAUCAGCAGACACCCAGCAGGACCUUACAGAGCCAUCAACAGCCGAGAGAAGUUGGUGGCAUGGCUGCAUCCUGGCAUAGAGACCCUGGACAAGAUGUUUGAGCACGCCGCAAGAAGGUUCCCAAAGAGAGACUGCCUGGGCACCAGGAUUUUACUCAGUGAGGAGGAUGAAAUCCAGCCAAACGGCAAGGUGUUCAAAAAGGUCAUUCUGGGGGACUAUAACUGGCUCUCGUAUGAGGAAGCCUACCAUGCGGCAAAGUGCUUUGGCAGCGGGCUGGCAGCUCUCAAUCAAAAGCCCCAGUGUAACAUCGCCAUCUUCUGCGAGACCAGAGCUGAGUGGCUCGUGGCAGCACAGGCCUGCUUCAUGUACAAUUUCCCACUUGUCACCCUGUACGCCACUCUGGGGCCCAAGGCCAUCGCUCACGGCCUGAACGAGACGGAGGUCACACACAUCAUCAUAAGCAAAGAACUGCUUCAGAGCCGUCUGAAGGCGAUACUGUGUGACGUGCCGAGGCUGCAGUACAUCAUUGUCGUGGACAGUAAACCCGCCAGCUGGCCGGACAUCCCAAGGGGCAUCAAGAUCCACAACAUGGACGCUGUGAAAGAGCUGGGAUCCAAACCUGAUAACAUCGAAGUGAGCCGCAGACAGCCGGAGCCUUCAGACAUCGCAGUCAUCAUGUACACCAGCGGCUCCACAGGCAUCCCAAAGGGUGUUAUGAUCUCCCAUGGCAACAUCAUCGCUGGCAUCACCGGCAUGGCUGAGCGGAUCCCUAACCUCAAUGAGACGGACACCUACAUUGGUUACCUACCUCUGGCCCACGUGUUAGAGCUCAGCGCAGAGCUGGUGUGCAUCUCUCAUGGAUGUCGCAUCGGCUACUCCUCACCUCAGACUCUAGCCGACCAGUCCACCAAGAUCAAGAAGGGCAGCAAAGGAGACACCAGUGUGCUGAAACCUACUCUCAUGGCUGCUGUACCAGAAAUCAUGGAUCGAAUCUACAAGAACGUCAUGACCAAAGUGGAGGAGAUGAGCAAAUUCCAGAAGAGCCUGUUUGUGCUGGCUUACAACUACAAGAUGGAGCAGAUCUCCAAGGGCUACAGCACACCUCUCUGUGACAGUCUAGUGUUCAAGCGGGUGCGGGCGCUCCUCGGAGGAAACACGCGGGUGCUGCUGUCCGGUGGAGCUCCGCUGUCGGCCGCCACACAGCGCUUCAUGAACAUCUGCCUGUGCUGCCCCGUGGGGCAGGGCUACGGCCUGACGGAGACCUGCGGGGCCGGCACCAUCAGCGAGAUGAUGGACUACAGCACGGGCCGAGUCGGGGCUCCUUUGGUCUGCUCGGAAAUCACGCUGAAAGACUGGGAAGAAGGCGGAUACUACAGCACAGACAAGCCAAACCCAAGAGGAGAAAUUUUGAUUGGCGGGCCCAAUGUAGCAAUGGGUUACUACAAAAGUGAAGGCAGGAACCACGAGGACUUCUUCGUGGACAAAAAUGGCCAAAGAUGGUUCUGCACCGGAGACAUUGGAGAAUUCCACUCCGACGGCUGCCUUAAGAUCAUCGACCGUAAGAAGGACCUGGUCAAACUGCAGGCAGGAGAAUACGUCUCCCUCGGAAAAGUGGAGGCUGCUCUGAAGAACUGCUCGCUCAUUGACAAUAUCUGUGCCUACGCCAACAGUGAUCAGUCAUACGUGAUCUGCUUUGUGGUGCCCAACCACAAGCAGCUAAUGGCAUUGGCUGAGCAGAUGGAGGUCAAAGGCACCUGGGAAGAGAUCUGCAACACACCUCAGAUGGAGAAAGAGGCCCUCCGCAUCAUUACUGAAGCCGCUAUCUCAGCCAAACUGGAGCGCUUUGAAAUCCCCAUAAAGAUCCGUCUGAGCGCCGAAGCGUGGACCCCAGAGACGGGAUUGGUAACCGACGCAUUCAAACUGAAACGCAAGGAGCUCAAAACGCACUACCAAGAGGACAUUGAGCGAAUGCCGACCUCUGGCUGCACGGCGCUUGGCACCGGCUUUGCUCGCCAUUUGGCUCGUCAUCAUUCGAGGGGUCAAGUGAGAGAUGGGAAUGCAUGUGGGGGGAGCUGUCCGAGUGCUGAAAACAGAAGAGAAUCAGCAUCGCUCCCAAGGAGAUGCCAAACACCCUUACUGCUUUCUGAGCUUUAUUACCUAAGGUAAUAAAUAGCCUAUAAUGCUGCAUUUCCACCACAAGUUGCCCGCGGGGGGAGCCGUGGUCCUGCUCGCCUUCCUCCUCCAUGGACACGCCGUGCAGAGCGCGUCUCUCCCCCGCCAGUACAGGCUCCGGGGCGGGGAGGGCGAGGGGCAGCCGGCCGCGUACGCCCCCAACUCCGACAUGAUCAAAGCCCUGGAGUACAUCGAGAACCUGGAACAAAGAAACGGGGGGCGGCCGGAACCCGCGGAUUACGACGAGGUGGACAAAUUCCGGGUCCUGCUCCAGCUCGCCUCCCAGCAGAACGAGGGUCCCGGGGACCGCCAGCCCGCCCCCGGCGCGCCCAGGCAGGACGUAACCGCCGAGCAGCUGAUGAAAGCCAUGCUCAAGACUCUGCAGGACCAGGCCGGGAGGGACGCCAGGCUCAGCCCCGCCUCGGAGCGCAGGAACGACCGCCGGACGCACAGGCACCGCGCCAAAGACACCGAAGCUCCCGAGAGCCCACCGGCAGACUACGCCAACUUCCCCAGACCCCACAAGAAGUACCCGCUCAUGUUUGAGGAUGACGAGAACACCGACGCCUCCAAGCGCGCCACGGAAGACCUGGAUGAGCAGUACACCCCCCAGAGCCUCGCCAACUUAAGAUCCAUCUUCGAGGAGCUCGGGAGGAUGCCCGGAAUCGCCGGCCAGAAGAGAGGCGUGUUCGGGGAUGAAGAUGACGAAGGAGAAGAGUUCAGUCCCAGAAAUCAGGCUUACGAGGACGUGGCCGGGGGGGAAGAGUGGGUGCCCGUGGAGGAGAGGGAAGAGACGGAGGAGAUGGUCAACGGGAGCCACGAAGAGAUGGACAGGGCGAUCAGUGACCAGGAGGAGUCCGAGCGCGAGGAGAUGCAGCGCCGUGCCAGCCAGAACCAGGGGGAGGCCGACGACGACACCAAACUGGUAGACUACUACCUGCUGAAGGUCCUGGAGAUGAGCGACCAGACGCAGAAGAGGGACGAGACUGGCGAGCAGAAAAAGAGACUGAUCCGCCCCUCCAUCGUGGAUCCCCGGACACUGAAGGAGUUGCUGGAGCUCUCCCUCAAGCUGCACGUCCCCCCGCAGGACCUCAUCGACAUGCUGCUCACGGAGGAGCUCCGAAAGCUGCACCGCGACCCCCAGGCCUCGACGCGCUACCCGGCCGGCCAGACCCCCAAGAUCCGGUACUUCAGCCGCAGGCUGCCGCUGAAGAGCAAGCCCGUCCCCGAAGACAUGGACAGAGAGGACUUUUUAGACAUAAUCGGGGUGGAGACCAUCAGCAACGAGUACCCCGUGGUGCAGAGACCCGCGAAGACCUCUUCGGCCACGGACAGAAUCCAAGCGGCGUCCAGCCCCGUCGCGGGUCCGGUCAAAGUGCCCCCCCCUCCGUCCGGACGCAGGGAGAACCUGUUCCUGUCGGAGCUCAACAAGAUGCCCCUGAAGCGCCAGGCCGACGCCGCGGACGAUGACGACGACGACGGCGACGUGGAGGACGAGGUGACCACGUACCUGGCGGCCAAAAUCCUGACAGAGUACCCCAACACCAUCGCCAAGCGGGACACCCAGGCGCAGCUGAAGGGCCAGUUCCCCUACGAGCUGUACGAGCGCGCCAUGAAGGACUACAUGGAGCAGGCCGACGGCGAGAGAAGGCCGGUGGCCAAGAGGGAGGCCGAGGCGGCCGCGGAGGAGAAGGCGACCCCCGCAGAAACGGAGGGGAAGGAGGAGAUGGCGCCCAAGACCUCCGCUCCACAGACCGAGAACGAGAAGGAGGAGGUGGAGGACCGUGAAAAAAACGUGGCCGGGAUGUAGCCUGAUCUCCCCCCCAAGACACAUUGUUAUGAAUAUAGUAUUUAUACCGUCUCAAAAAUAAAGUUUGGUGGAGUGAUCUAGUUUACAAAUUUAUAUUAUAUGAACUAUAUCUGGUAUCAAUAUCACCCUAACGAAAAUUAACUAUAGCAAUCUUAGAUGUAGAGUACAGUUUUAACAAUGACAGUCCCUACUUGCUGCAAGAAUAUUAUAGAAAUAUUUUAAUCAUACCACAGAUGACUAAAGGGUGUAAGCAGAGAAGCAGGAGGUGGUCUCAAAGGGUGGACGUGAGCUCUCAGUUAUCUUGAUACACAUUCAAAUCAAACCAAAUCUGACAAAUUAAGAUUGUGAUGUUAAUAAAGGUUUAUUUACACUAAAUGGAGUUUGUAAGCAGCCCUACCUUUUAAAAAAUGUAAUCAGCUGAGUGACGUUUAAAAAAAAAAGCUUAUUUUUCAUCGUGUCAGAUCUAUUCAACUGCAUAUGUGAAUAUAAGUAUACAUUUUGAAGUAUAAUUCGGACUGGGCUUUUGAAAACACAAGCGUACAGUGUCACGGGAGCGCCAUACGGGAUAAUAUGGGAGGUUUUCGUUAGGGCAGCGUCCUGGCCUGAGAGCGAGUGUUGUUGUGACUCGUGAUAUAUUCAGGGUAAGUGGAUUUAAUGUUAAAAUAUGAAUAAUUAUUUCCAAGUCUAAAUAUCGGACCGUCACCUGCCUUCUAACCCUUUCAUACUGCGAAGCUCUGUGUUGUUGGCCAGUGGUUGUGCUAUGUAUGCUCAUUUUUAAACCAUUUUGUACAUGUUCAACAAUGUGUGAUCGAUCACAGAUGAAUAAAGCAUCAGCGGUAUUAUUUUUCUCCUUGCCGAGUUGUGUUGCCUUAUUGAACUCCCA